UUGACUGUGGCAAUGACUUCAGUUGGAUGGCGUCUCCCUUGGCCACUAAACAAAAGGGUGUUAGUGAAGACACUCUAGAUAGGCGUGAUAACACUGGCGUGAUAACAGGAACUAAUGACAAUCAGACUUCAUUAGCUGCUACGUUUAGGAAACAGUCAGAGGAUGUAAAGCGUGAAUGUGAUGGUAGAAAGAGAACAAAGAAAAGCAGGAAACAUGGUCGCCCUGCAACUACUGUCCAGAAACUGAAACACGACAGCGAGACUUGCUGUGAGAACAGCACAGACGUUGAGCAGCGGACUGAGAUAAGUCAGUCACUGAGAUCCAAACUUUUUACUCAAAAGUAUAGAAGCCGACGAGACCUGGAAGAUUAUGGUUUAGAAAUGUAUUGUGCGCGAAUUUUACGAGAAACUCAAAAUAACACUCAGAACAGAACGAAAGGAAACCUCUCCAAAGAUCAUUGCUCUCAUCUUGAUUCGUUCAAUGCAUCUUUGAGCACUGACUGGGAUUUACCCAUUUUGAUCCAAAGCAUUUCAUUAUCAGACUCUAGUUCAGUGAGGACUUGUUCUGAGAUAUUUUCCAUGGAUAGAAAUUCCUCGGAAACAUCCGACUCGUUGUAUUUACGAACAUGUUCUGAGGCCGAGCUGGAGACUGCUGAUGUACCUACCAAGGCCAAGAGGAGACGGAGGCGAAGGCCGCAGAAAGCCUCAACGUCGACCCCAGUAGCCAACGCUUUCACUGUCCACUCUCGUUCUAACUCGUCAGCCUCGUCGUCCUCGUUAGCCUUGCAAGAUACGGACAGCGGCGUGGAAACGAACUCUCGGGCGUCCAUUCACACAUCCUUUUCGUGUUCCACUUUUGAACAAGUGACAGACUCUCGGAGCUCAUCGUCGGAGCGCCUUCUUCGCUGUUCCUCCCCCAGUUUUACCUACGAUCCAGAAAUCUCCAGUGUUAUACCAUUUUACUUUACCGAACCAGCGCUAGACGUUUUUGAACCUAUUCCUUUGGAUUUUGAUAUCCAAGAAGAACGGGACAUCGGCGAGCAGCACAGCUGGUUAGAUUUCGAUGUGGACUUUAACGAUCGAAUAUCUGAGCAGAUCCCUACAGAAGAUCUCCUCUACACGCCUAGAGACACUGAUAGUCUAGAACUCAUUGAAAAUGCAGAGAUUGACUAUGAUAGUUAUCUCCCUGCACAUGUCUUGAUGCAUGUGAAAAGAGAUCUAGUGAGUGUGUUGAUGGAAUAUGGACAAACCAGGGAGGUGAAAGUGUCUUUCAAAGAUAUGGAAAGAUCAGGACCACAUCAUGCAUCAAGGUUCCACACUGCUGCUGUAGUGGAUGGUGAGACAUUCCCUACUGGAUCAGGCUCUUCCAAGAAAAAUGCUAAAAAAGCUGCUGCUGCUCAGGCCUUAAAAAUUAUGUAUGACAGGGGCAGGAAAAAUCUGGAAAUGGUGAAUGAAGUGGCUCAUAAGAAAUUGAGAGCUAUGUCAAUAGAGGAAGUAGGCUCCCAUGCCCACAGAGUGGUUCUGGUGUGUCGCCAUGUUUUAGAUACUGCUGAAGAGACUCAGUUUAUCAACUACAGCAAGGAUAAAAUUGCAGCAGCAUUUGUCCUAGAAUAUCAUGGCAAGAUGAGAGUGGUGGGACUUGGUACAGGCAACAGAUGUAUUUUGUAUCAGCACAUGACAUUAGAUGGUAAAAGGAUUAUACAUUCUCAUGCAGAGAUCAUAGCUAGAAGAGCAUUUAUCAGAUAUUUAUUUAAGCAGCUUCAAAACUACAAUGGCAACAGAUCCCAUCCAAUAUUCACACGAAGUGACACAGGCAAACUGAAGAUUCGUGAUAAAAUUCAAGUUCAUCUUUACAUCUCGAGACCACCCUGCGGUGAUGCAGCAGCAUUCCCCACCAUCAGUAAUUUCCCAAAUAAAAUGAGAGCCAUUCGUAAACAAGGACAGUUGAGAACAAUAAUAGAUGAUGGUGAAGGGGCCAUUCCAACAGAUUUCCCCGUUCCAGCAGGAGCUAAUGGAAAAGAGAGACUGCGGAUAAUGACUUGCAGUGAUAAAAUUUGUCGCUGGAAUGUAUUAGGUGUCCAGGGUGCCUUGUUGUCUCACUUUUUAGACCCUAUCUACAUCAGCUCCCUUGUCAUAGGCAGUCACACUGGGGACCAAAGAGGACAUGUCCCUCGAGCUGUGAGUGGGCGUUUGAAAUGUGGUCGACUUCACGAGGUGAUACAGCGCCCGUACAGGAUCAACACACCAGAUAUCCAUUACCCUCAUGAUGAUUUAGCAGAUAACUAUAACAUCACCAAAUCCAAGCAGUACUGCAUCACCUGGUCCUAUGGGGACAUAGAUGCUGAAGUUAUUGAUGCUAUCACUGGUGUUACUAACAUGGAAGCUAUGGAAGAAGUUAUUCCAUCAAGAAUCUCUAAGAUAACACUCUAUAACAUGUUUCAACAAAUCUGCAAGAGGUAUGGUCGUCAUGACCUUGCUGGUUUAGAUUACCUUAAAGCCAAGCGCUCAGCGACCACUUUUCAGAGGAUGAAGAGCUUUGUAGGCCAGCACCUUGCUGCCAUGGGUUUCGGUCAGUGGUACUCAUUGCAGGAGACCUAUGGAACGGAUAGUCUAAAAUGUCCUGGGCCGUGCUAGCCCCGUUCAUGCGCUUGCCGAUAUGGGCUCUCGCAAAGCGGAUCCAAAAAUGUUACACUCUCAUUGUCUUCGUCUUGUUUGAUGUGCCAGAUGUCUGCUCAAGUUGACAAGCAGCAUGGUAGUACCAUCGUAAGGAGAUGCAAGUCAAGAUCUGUUGUGGUUCAUGGCGUAUGGUUGGCACAGGGAGGUGGCAGCACCUCUCAUGUAUUCAUAGUGUGUGACUUGAGAUGUUCAAAUCUGUGUAUUUUGUCUUUGCUUUAUAUCACAACCAUCAUCUUCAGAGUUGUAACCCAGUGGAUCAUAAUUCAUACAAUAUUGGUCAAAACACUCGCAUUGAACACCAUACUGUGUACUAUUUUUACUAUCAAAUUACACUAUUUACUUAAUCUCUUUUCUAAAAUGUCAUUUACUAAUCCAUUCCACACUAGGUGGUUACAUUUAUCACGUACAAUUUGAUAACAUUGAAAUGGCACCAUAAUUUUAUCUCUUAAAAAUGAGUUUGUACGCGUAGCACCAAUUAUUCCUCUGCAGUGAUUGCUAGAGUGUUCAGUUUGAAAAGACUAAAUGUUCAGAUUUGUUUCUCUCUAGUUGACUCCAAGUGAACUGUUGUUCUUGUUCUUCCAGUUCAUUUUGUUGCAUAGUGUUUCCGUUUCUUUGUUGUUUUUUUCUCCAUUCACUUCAUUUCAAUCCAAACAUUUUGUUAUCACUCUGUUCGUUUUGUCCAGUGACACCGUUGUAUUUGUACUAACCAUGGUGCUACUUUAAAAGCUCUAAGCUCAACUCAGUCAUUGCUUAAGUGGCAGCAUGGGAAAUUCGCUGACAGGUGAAACCAGUUCAAAGGUCAUGUGCACAACUUACCUUUUCUUGGAUGGAGUUCUUAUUUUUUUUUUAACGCUUGGCUGGUUGUCGAGAUCAAUGUCCAUAUUCUAUAACUGCAGGUUAUAAAAAAUAUUUUUAAUAAUGUCCCAGUGUAUGACAUCUUGUAACUCAUGAUCACCAGAUAGAAUUGAAAAAAAAGAAAUGCAUUUAUAUAUAUUUUGUUCAUCAUGCUAUACAAAAUCUUGUACCUCAAAAUAUAUUUUAUUAAUGAAAAGAAACAAUUUUAUUGUUGAUUGGCCUUAAUGUUUGUUUUCCCCCCAAACCCUUUUGAAAUUUUUAUUGCAUGCUAUACUUAAAUUUUAGUUGAAACUAUCUUCUAUAGUCCUUUUUUCUUGAACCAUAAUUAGCCAAUGAUACAACAUCAUUUAUCUUUGUACCUUUCAGCACAUAGUUUUUGUUCAACUUUCUCAGGAAUAUAUAAAUGUAUUGUGUAAGAUGUUUUAACCCCCCUCAGGAAUAUCUAAAUCAACAUCCUUGUUUUCGCUACAUUUUUUUUGUUUAGCGCAAAAGUUAGUAGCCAUUUUGUGUUGGGUUCUAACACUGAAGUAGGUAUCAUAAAAGUUGUGAUUUUUUAACUGUAUUUAUUUACACCUAUCAAUCCAAUGUAUUAACAUUUUGUAAUAAAUAUUGUAUCCUUUGUUUAUUAGUUGACAGGAGUGUCAUUUCUGUCUAUCCCUAAGGAACUGGUUUGUUGAUUGGAUUGUCCUCAUUUCUAGUCAUUAUUAAUUUAGUCACCUAUUUUUUUAUACUUUUCUUAUAUAUACUUUGAUUUUUAAUUGAAAUUGGAGUUGCAAAUUGGAAUACAAAUUUUGAAUGAAUAAAAUGAUUUGACAAUCUUCAA